AUGGUCCACACUCCUUAUUUUAACAGUGUUAUCUCCGAAUCUGCCUUCAAGACUCGUUUCCAAGCUGAGAAUGGACAAAACUUUUCGGAGAUAGCAAAUCUCUCAGCCAGUCACUGGGGACGACCUCAUCUGCUUGCAUGUCGUGUAGUACGGCGGGAUCCGCAGCGCAACCUACUUCCCAUCCUAUCACACUAUGCAGCACCCUCUGAUGUACAGUCUCCAGCGGAUGAAAUCCGAGCAUUCUUACGAGGCCCCGACUCAACAUUUAUGACCCAAAGCGAGCACUAUUUAGUGCGAAGGUCUAAUUGUGGCAUUUCACUUGCUCAAAUUUGGGCAGCUAUGGCCAUGUUCAAGGGAAACCAGAACCGACGCGUUCGAGACAUAUCUGCUCUCACUGUGCUAGGACAGAAUGAAAGUGGGCAUGGUAAUGACGAUGGGCCGGGGCACCCGAAGCGUCUUAGGCGACAAAUAUCCCAGCCAGACUUCGCCGACUCCAGCGCAAUCCGAGUUGGCUCUAGCAGUCCACUACACGAUGGCUCGCAAGAUGGCUCCGAUAGGUCCUCUUUGCCCUAUGUCGACGCUAGUACACACUAUUUGAGUAUAACACCGGAAGAUGACACUGUGCGACUCGCGUCAUGCGUCAUUCGACAUAUCCUUUACUUUGCUGCACCCCAAAACUCUGCAUCAAAUCCAGUUGUUGUCGAGUUUCGAGAUGCGAAAACGAGGCUCGCCGCUACCACAACGACCGCAGAACGGCGAAUGAUUGCCAUUGAUGACGGCGGCCUCUGUUUGCGACGACAAAACCAAGAUGGAUCUUUUGCACUUGCGAAGAACCACGUUGCACUCUUGGAAGCGAAGACGCAAUUCCAUUGUGUAGAAAAUGGUCGACCCGUCAUAUCAGAUAGGAGCUUUGCGCAGAUGGUUUGCGAAGCACUAGCGACAAGGUUAUCCAAUAUGGGUGAUGAGUCACUACGAAGGUAA